AUGUCAGAAGAAGAUAGAAGGUACCAGGUUCAGACAAGCGUGUCCUUCCAUGAAGAAGAAAACAGACACGACUGGAAAGAGGAGAACGGAGAUCUUAGUUCGCAUCAUUACAACCCAAAAGCGGAGGACAAGAGUCUAUAUGGAUAUCCAAAAACCAUGCAACGUGUCAGUAACCCAGCAGUAAUGCAGCGGAGAAUGACAGUGCUCAGAGAGAAAGGAAGGAGGCAGGCUGUGCGGGGACCAACAUUCAUGUUCAAUGACAGGGGAACGAGUUUAACCCCAGAAGAGGAGCGUUUUUUGGAUGCGGCCGAAUACGGAAACAUCCCAGUUGUCCGGAGGAUGCUGGAGGAGAACAAGUCACUGAAUGUUAACUGUGUUGAUUACAUGGGCCAAAACGCCCUCCAACUAGCAGUUGGAAAUGAACAUCUGGAAGUAACAGAGCUUCUUCUGAAGAGGGAUAACCUGGCUCGAAUUGGAGAUGCGUUAUUACUUGCUAUCAGUAAGGGUUACAUACGAAUUGUGGAAGCAAUUUUGAAUCACUCUGGAUUUGAGCCCAGUAAUCGUCUGACCCUUAGCCCGUGUGAACAAGAAAUGCAGGAUGAUGAUUUUUAUGCCUAUGAUGAAGAUGGCACCAGAUUUUCUCCAGAUAUCACCCCAAUAAUACUGGCAGCACACUGCCAGAAAUAUGAAGUGGUGCAUAUGUUGUUGAUGAAGGGAGCACGGAUUGAGAAACCCCAUGACUAUUUCUGCAAAUGUACUGAAUGUGUGGAGAAGCAAAAACAUGAUUCCUUUAGCCACUCCAGAUCCAGGAUCAAUGCAUACAAAGGAUUAGCAAGCCCUGCCUAUUUGUCAUUGUCUAGUGAGGAUCCAGUACAUACUGCACUGGAACUUAGUAAUGAAUUAGCCAAGUUGGCAAACAUUGAAAAAGAAUUUAAGCUUAAAAACAAGAAAAUUGAAUUGGUAAAGGGUCCACACAAGGUGACAUCAUCGAAUGACUAUCGCAAGCUAUCUAUGCAGUGCAAAGACUUUGUCGUUGGUGUCCUCGACCUGUGCCGAGACAGUGAGGAAGUUGAAGCUAUUCUGAAUGGUGACGUGGAAGCUGAUCAAGAUGAAGGACACAACUGUCAAAGAGCAGGCUUGACCCGUGUCAAACUGGCCAUCAAAUAUGAAGUCAAAAAGUUUGUAGCCCAUCCAAAUUGCCAGCAGCAGCUACUCACAAUAUGGUAUGAAAACCUCUCAGGAUUACGGGAGCAGCCCAUCACCAUGAAAUGCCUUGUGGUGCUCGUUAUUGCAAUUGGACUCCCAUUUCUUGCAAUUGGCUAUUGGAUUGCACCAUGUAGCAAGCUGGGGAAGAUUCUAAGAAGUCCCUUCAUGAAGUUUGUGAUGCAUGCAGCAUCCUUCAUCAUCUUUCUGUGUUUACUAGUAUUUAAUGCCUCUGACAGAUUUGAAGGCAUCAAAACCUUACCCAAUGUCACAGUCCUGGAUUAUCCUGAACAAGUCUUCAGAAUGAAAACCACCAUGUUUACUUGGACAGAAAUGCUAAUCAUGGUGUGGAUACUAGGCAUGAUGUGGACUGAAUGUAAGGAAAUUUGGACAGAAGGACCACGGGAGUAUAUUUUCCAAAUGUGGAAUCUUCUAGAUUUUGGAAUGCUGUCAAUUUUUAUAGCUGCAUUCACAGCAAGAUUCCUGGCAUUUCUGGAAGCUUCAAAAGCACAACAGUUUGUAGAUGAACUUGUGAAGGAUAAUAACCUGUCACUUGUGCCGUUGCCACCAGAAGUGGAGUACUACACCUAUGCCAGAGAUAGAUGGGUUCCCUCCGAUCCUCAGAUAAUUUCUGAAGGCCUCUAUGCAAUAGCUGUUGUUCUUAGUUUUUCGCGAAUCGCUUAUAUCCUGCCUGCAAAUGAAAGCUUUGGUCCAUUACAAAUUUCCCUUGGAAGGACUGUGAAAGAUAUUUUCAAAUUCAUGGUCAUUUUUAUAAUGGUGUUCCUUGCUUUCAUGAUUGGGAUGUUUAUCCUUUAUUCUUAUUACCUUGGUGCAAAAGUGAAUCCGGCUUUCACAACAGUUGAAGAAAGUUUCAAGACACUAUUCUGGUCAAUCUUCGGUUUGUCUGAAGUUUCUUCUGUUGUCCUCAAAUAUGACCACAAAUUCAUUGAGAACAUUGGAUAUGUCUUAUAUGGAAUAUACAAUGUCACUAUGGUGGUGGUUUUGCUCAACAUGCUAAUUGCCAUGAUCAAUAGCUCAUAUCAGGAAAUUGAGGAUGAUGCAGAUGUGGAAUGGAAAUUUGCCCGUUCAAAGCUGUGGAUGUUCUACUUUGACCAUGGGAAAACACUGCCCCCUCCGUUCAGUCUUGUGCCUACUCCAAAGUCAUGCAUCAAUUUGAUAGUAAGAAUCAAAACCUGUCUCCUUGGCCUGUUCAAAUGCAGAAGGAAAAGACUGAAGAAAGACAUAGAAAUUGGAAUGAUGAAUUCAAAGUCCAGGCUAAAUCUAUUUGCACAGUCUAAUCUAAGGAUUUCAGAAACCCAAAGUUUCAACAGCAUUAUAAACCAGCCGACUAGAUAUCAGCAAAUAAUGAAGCGACUGAUUAAACGGUAUGUCUUGAAAGCACAAGUUGAUAAAGAAAACGAUGAGGUUAAUGAAGGUGAACUUAAAGAAAUCAAACAGGAUAUCUCAAGCCUUCGAUAUGAACUUCUGGAAGACAAGUCUCAAGCAACUGAGGAGCUGGCUUUCCUCAUUCAAAAGCUUGGUGAAAAGCUUAAUACCUGUCUGUCAAAACAAAAACAUCAGUGA